AUGGGAGGUAUAGAGGAUGAUGAACCACCCUCAAAACGUGUGAAAGCUUCUUCUAAAGAACAAAGAGGUCUUUCAAACGGAAAGUUUGUAGAAAAACCUGCAAAUCACUCAUUUGCUGCUUCAAUGGCUCGCCCCCUAGCCCUAACUUCCCAAGGGGAUGAUGAAGUAAUUGGUACAAAAGGAGUUAAAAAAGUGGAAUUUGUUAGAAUUAUAGCUGAGGCAUUAUAUUCUCUUGGGUACAGUAAAACCGGGGCAUGUCUUGAAGAGGAGUCUGGAAUACCUUUUCACUCAUCUACUGUCACUGUCUUCAUCCAACAGAUUCUUGAUGGAAAUUGGGAUGGAAGUUUGUCUUCUUUACACAAAAUUGGUAUAGUGGAGGAAUCUAUAAUUAAGUCAGCAUCCUUUAUGAUAUUACAACAGAAAUUCUUUGAACUUUUGGAUCAUGGAAAGUUGAUGGAAGCUUUGAAAACACUGAGAACUGAGAUAUCACCUCUUGAAAUUAACAGUAAUAGAGUCCGUGAGCUUUCUUCAUUCAUUUUGUCACCUACUUAUAGGAUCAUUGAUGGAGUUUCUGGUCAAGGAAUGGUCAAACUGAAGCCUAGGUCACAACUACUUGAAGAUUUGCAAAAAUUGUUUCCUCCAACAGUGAUGAUACCUGAUAAAAGGUUGUUACAGCUAGUAGAACAAGCUCUUGAUUUACAACGGGAAGCUUGUUUGUUUCAUAAUUCUUCAGUUGGAGAAACAUCAUUGUUCACUGAUCAUCAUUGUGGAAGAGAUCAGAUUCCUUCACAAACAGUUCAGAUUUUACAAGAUCACAACGAUGAAGUCUGGUACUUACAGUUUUCUCAAAAUGGGAAAUAUUUAGCAUCCUCAUCAAGCGAUAAUUCAGCAAUUAUUUGGGAGGUUGAUCUGGAUGGAAAACUCUCACUAAAACAUAGAUUAAUCGGUCACCAAAAGUCUGUCUCUUGCGUUUCAUGGAGCCCAAAUGAUGAUCAAAUCCUGACAUGUGGUUUAGAAGAAGUUGUGAGGCGUUGGGAUGUUUCAUCUGGUGAAUGCCUUCAGGUUUAUGAAAAGGGCCUCAUUGGUUUAAUCUCCUGUAAUUGGUCUCCAGAUGGGAAGUGUGUGUUCUCAGGGUUAACUGAUAAAAGCAUAAUAAUGUGGGGUUUGGAUGGAAAAGAGAUAGAAUCUUUAAAAGGCCAAAAAACCAUUAGAAUCUCUGAUUUACAAUUAACAAGUGAUGGAAAGCUGAUUGUUACAAUUUGCAAGGAAACCAUGAUUCUUUUAAUUGAUAGAGAGUCAAGAAGUGAAAGAUGCAUUGAAGAGGAUCAGAUGAUAGUUUCAUUCACAUUAUCAAAAGACAAUAAAUAUCUUCUUGUUAGUCUCGUGAAUGAAGAGUUACAUCUUUGGAACAUCCAGGGGCAUAUUCGUCUUGUUGCAAAGUAUAAGGGGCAUAGACGUUCUCGGUUUAUUGUUAGGGCUUGCUUUGGUGGACUCGAUCAGUCAUUCAUUGCUAGCGGGAGUGAAGAUUCUCAGGUUUAUAUAUGGCACAGGGGAUCAGGGGAGUUGAUUGAGACAUUGGAAGGGCAUUCAGGGGCAGUUAACUGUAUCAGUUGGAAUCCUGCAAAUCCACAUAUGUUGGCAUCAGCAAGUGAUGAUCGGUCAAUACGUAUAUGGGGGUUGAAACAGUUACAUGUGAAACAGAAAGGUAAAGGGAAAUUAGUAUCUGGAAAUGAAAAUGGAAAUGGUGUUCAUUAUUGCAAUGGAGCAACAACUUGAAUAACUUGUUUUUCUUGUAAAUACAUCUCUACUUGACUUGCUUACUCACCAAACACAACCAAUGGAUAUUUGUAAUUUAAUUCGAAUCU